AUUUCUUUGUCGUGCCUGACAUCCUCUCCUCUCGCAAAACACCUACCCAUAAUGUCCGCCUCUAGAUGUUCCCUAGACUCAAGCUCUCCCUUGCUAAAAUCAACUAACCCCGAAACCGGGAGAGAUGGUGACACGGCUCAGCUCCUCGCACUAGGACAUAAGCCAGAGCUAAAGCGGAACCACACAAAGCUGUCUAUGCUAGGUCUCGCAUUCGCCAUAUUAAACUCAUGGACGGCUUUAGUUUUUGAGUGCUUGGCCGACGGGCAAUACCAUUGGGUAGCAGAGAUUUCGCCAAAGGACUGCUACCGGUGGAAGCUUGGCAGGGCAAGUUAUUGCUGGGGUUGUGGGGUUGAUGCGCCCGGAUUACAAAUUGUCGAAUUUGGAGAUCUUUUGGAUAUAUUCUGUUUUUACGAUUGUUUCGUUCCUAAUCAACGCAGUGCUUUUCUUUGGUCCAUUUCUGGACUCGCUAUUAUCUCGGCAACUCUAUUGGUGACAGCACCAGAGUACCAACCUGCCGACUUUGUUUUCAGAGAGUUUGUCAACGAGACUGGCUGGCCUGAUGGAGUUGCCUGGCUACUGGGUUUCCUACAAGGAGCGCUGGCACUCACUGGAUAUGAUGCUGUUGCUCACAUGAUCGAGGAGAUUCCGAAUCCGACCAAGGAAGGGCCGAUAUUGAUGGUGCGUGCUGUGAUGAUUGGCAUGGGUACUGGGUUCGCUUUUCUUACCGUGCUAUUAUUUUGCAUGGGAGACAUUCAGGGCGUAAUUAGUGCUCCCGAGGGACCGUUAUUGUCGAUCUUUUUUCACGCCACAAGAAACAAAGCUCUUUCAGCAUGCCUUCUAAUCUUCCCGUUAGGUUGUCUCCUCUUUGCGUCUACAACCCUUAUGACAACCUCCUCCCGAAUCCUCUACGCCUUUGCCCGAGACAAUGGUCUUCCAUUUUCAACUGUAUUUGCGACCAUUCAUCCAACAUUACAAGUGCCACUGAAUUCCCUCCUCCUGACCACAAUUCCAGUCCUGCUUCUUGGAACUUUAUACCUCAUUUCCACUACUGCGUUAAACGCAAUAUUCUCCGCCGCAGUCAUUUCGCUGGCUCUAUCAUAUGGGUUCCCAGUCCUAAUCAAUGUCCUAACUGGCCGCAAGAAGCUCCCCGAUGACCGAGACUUUAAGUUACCGGGUAUCAUGGGUUGGAUCUGUAAUCUUAUAGGGUUAGGUUUUGUAGUCGGGUGCACAGUGCUCUUUAUCCUUCCACCACAACUCCCGGUGACUAGGGAAAACAUGAAUUAUUCCUUUUUGGUAUUUUCAAUAAUUGUCGGGAUAUCCACGUUGGCCUAUCAUUUUGAAGGGAAGGGUGUAUUUACUGGGCCCGUGACCGGGGAUAAUCACCUCCACCACCCUGUCCCGCAAAGAGGGUUCAAGGCGGAUGCGGAAGGCGGCUGGAGGCCAGGAAUGCCUAUCCCAGCGUACGAUUCUGGGGAGGAGGAAGAGGAGGAUUAAAGUGUCGUCACCCUUUGCCACCGAGAUGUUGGAAAGUAGAGAUGGUUUUCCGGUUUUUCAUAGGGGCACGGCCCUGUGGUUUUAGCAGUGUGGGUGGCGGUGGUUGGCAUUUUGGGAGCUAUGUUGGUGCCUUUACGAUACCCUAUUAUGAUAGAACUGCUCGAGAUUGCCAUUUGCAAUUUGCAAUUUAUCUCAAAAUACGAUCUCAUCUACCGUA